GCUAAGAGAUUUUUUUGACACUUUAGAAAAACGUCUCUCGGAUGUUAAUAACGAUGCCUGUUGGGGUUUGAUCAAAGAGAUCUCCGUUUCUUCGGACUUCAUUGACUUUCUGCGGAAGAUUGCCGACGAGGAUUUAAAGAAUUUGAUAAAUGGAGUCGAUGACUCGGAAGGACGACUCGUCCAAGAAGAUACUGUGUCAUCGCUAAUCCAAGUUAAACAAAUUCUCGUUCCUCUGAUCAACAUUGCUGAUGAUUAUACGUUGGAUGGCUUUUUGAGACAGUUUAAUCAUGUGGCAAAGAGUAACACUCAAUUGUCAAGCAAGAUUACUCUGUGUAAUAGCAACAACAUGGCUCUGCAAAACAUGUAUAACAACAUUUCAAAUCGUGGAGAGGUUGCCAAGGAAAAAAUCAAAAAUUCCGUUAUGAUCGGGACUUACACUUUUCGGUGGUCAUCGGACGACCACGAAUGUUCCGCGACUCUGACAUAUCCGUCAAAGGACGGUACCAUGACCAUCAACCUUUCGGAAUUGCAGGAUUUACGCGGUCGCGCCUUAUUGAUAGCAAAGCCCAUCGUCGACAUCGGUCCCACCGAAGACGACGAACGGGAAUCGUUUGAGCGUAUAGUGGGGGAGUUUGUCAGUCAGGUUGAUACGGUCCUGGAGAUUGUGAAGUUGUCUUCAGAGUUAAUUGAGAAGGGUCAUUUCUCGUAUCGCGAGUCAAACACGCCUCUUAGGGGCACAGAAUCAAUGAAGCAACAUCUGACUAAAUUAAAAGACGAAUUGACCGCUUGGGGAAGCGCGGUCGACUCGGCACAAAAUCAAUUUUACUAUUUGACCUUCUUCCCGGCACGUCAUAUUCUUCUGUUCUACGAUUAUUUCAGUACUUCUUCGAGUACUCCGGGAAAAGAAAAUCUCUGCCAGAAGCUCGUUAAAUAUGUUAACCCCAGUGCCCAUUUGCAAUCUAACCGAAAAAUUAUUUCAAAGAAUAAAUAUUUUAAACUUCUAUGUGAUAUCGGAGAUAAGUUGAAACUUAUUCUCAGCAAGCUCCCAAAGGAACCCGAUCCACUGGAUGUUAAUGGCGAACGCGUUGUCUCCGAUAUUGUCAAUAGCGGAAAGUUAUUUGUUGCAGCAUGCAAUGACAAGUUUCUAAUUCCAAAUGUCAUCAUGUCAUUACAACUGAAUCAAGGUGUAUGUCCUAACCCCUGGCAAUUAUUAUUUUGCAAUUCCGCGACGACCUCAGAGGAAAUAUCAAUCUUCAUUAAAAGAUGCUUCUUGGCCGCAAAGAAUGGUUAUCAGGAUCGUUUAUUUUGCAUGGCAAAUCUCGAGGAGUUGGAGUACAAGUUGCAAUACGAGUUGGUCAAGAAAAUACGGUCAUAUAUGGUUAAACCGGGUGAAUACCAUUUGGCGCUGAUUUGCUGCCCAGAGGAAGGGAUGCAUCAUCACAUUUUGGACCAAUUUUCAGAUUUUCAACAUACCAAUGGCCUAAGCGUCGAAACGAUGAAAAAUAUUUACAGGAUAAUCUGCCCCGAUGUGAUAUGCGUGACAUCGGAAUUGUCGGGUCAAGGGAAAACAGAGUGGAUUAGGCAAGAGAGCUUCCGAAGACACAAGAUCCCUCAAAGUUUCCUAAUAAGUGAUGGUGACGAUUUCGGGAGAUUGGUUCGCAGACUCAGUAAAUUCAAACUGAGACAAGAAGUCGAUUCGUUUCACAUUAAUCUAAUUUCUGCUGAUAAUCCUGGGGAGAUCAAUAUGUUUCUGUUUCAAGUGUUAACCUUUGGUUUUGUCUCCUAUCAAGGGGUUAUUGCGACCCUCCCUCAAAUACCCAUCUUCGUAGAGGUGGCCUCAAGUGCGGAUCAAAGAUUAAUGAAGUCCAUCAAGUUCCUUUCAUGCUUGGACACGGUCAGGCUAUCCGUGAAGAUUAACAAGUUAAUCACCUCGCACGAGAUCAAUAGUCAAAUCCAGCUCUUGUCCAAAUAUUUCUUCGACGUUGUUACACCCGAUCUUGCAUCGUUUCGGUUCCUUGAAAUAUUUAUUAAUGUAUUUGCGGAUCAACUAGUGAGAUUAUCGUCCAGUUCAUUUUUCCAAGUUGAAAAUCUAAAAUUGAUGGUCGGAGAGAACGACAUUCGUACGACCCUGUUUAAGACAUUGAUGGAUGUGUCCAAGGAUUUUGCGACGAGAUCUACUCGCGCAAAUUGGAAAAUAUUGUCCGUCCCAGAAAAUGUCAAAAGGUUGCUGGAGAGUCAACAUGUCACCAGUCGAGUUGAAGAUGCGAGGCAGUGGAGGUUGGAUGAUUAUCGAGAAAUGUCAACGGACGCGCUGUUAUCAAGGUUGGAGAAUCUCGCGCGUCAAACCACACAUUCCAUCGACUAUCCACCUUACGCGUUGUCGGCCGACAAUCUGUUGAAAAUGGCGCUCAUAUUGUUGAGAACGCGCGCCAACGUGCCUGUUGUGGUUUGCGGUGAAGCGGGAUGUGGAAAGACGAGCUUAAUCAGUUUCCUGGCGACCGUUAUGGAAGUCGAAUUCCAUGCCCUUAACCUUCAUGCUGGAAUCACCGAAGAAAUAAUUUUCCGAUUUAUGUCCGACUCGCUGGUUCACGCUGAUGAACGUGAUAUUUGGUUAUUCUUUGAUGAAAUUAACACCUGCAACCACAUCGGCCUCCUCGCAGACCUUAUCGCUCACCGAGUCUACCUCGGAAAACCACUGAGUCCACACGUCAGAGUGUUUGCUGCCUGCAAUCCCUAUCGUAUAAGAACCAAGAGUGUCAGUGACGCAGGUUUACAAAGAACUAAGAAAGACACUGACGCAAAUCUGCAACUGACGGAGUACGAAUUCCACCGAAGCAAUCUUGUUUACGAAGUGAAGCCUCUUCCGGAUCAAAUAUUGGACUAUGUGUGGGAUUACGGAAUUCUACAUGAAGAUGAUGAGAAAAAAUACAUUGAAAUAAUGGUGGAGGCUCAACUCAAAGAAGAUGGGUUGUAUCAUAGGGUGGUUGCCGAAUUAUUAUCCAGGUCACAGAAAUUCAUUCGCAAGGUCGAAGAACAAUACAGCGUUAGUUUGCGUGACGUCAAGAGGAUCAUCACUCUCAUUAAAUUUUUCCACAAGAGCCUUCAAAAUAGGCCACCUAUUAGCAAGAAAUCUCCGAAAUAUCCUCCAUCUAAACCACCAAUUUUUAUUCGAUCAUGUAUAUUGGCGUUAGGGCUUGGCUAUCAGUCUAGGUUAUAUCUGCAAGAUUUGCGCUCGAAAUAUCGUGAAGAGAUGUGCGAAGUUUUCCAGCAGGCAGGGAUGAAUAUCUCAGCGGAACAAUUCAAUAAAGUGAUCCGUCUCGAGCAGGAAAAUUACAUAGAUCGGAUGCAACUGCCACCAAACACUGCAAAAAAUGAUGCACUCUUGGAAAACGUCUUGGUCAUGACCGUUUCUUCGAAAUCAUUGGCGAUUCGACUUGUAAGUCAAAAUUUACGGGGUUCCGAUUCAAACGACAAAUAUUUCAAGACAUUUCCACAGGUGUACUUGAUUCCUCAUCAAGGGUCUUCUUCUUCGACCUCCGAUGGUAUUCUCAAGGUCUUCGACAAGGCGUAUAACUAUCAAAAGACCAGUUCGGAAGAGUUUCCUGUCAUCAGUGUGGUCUUGCUUGACGAAGUCGGUCUGGCGGAAACCAGUCCAUUCAAUCCGUUAAAGGUGCUUCAUUCGUUGCUUGAGCCGAGUUAUCCGGCAGAAGGGCCAACCGUUUCCGUGGUGGGAAUAAGUAACUGGAGGUUGGAUAAUAGUAAGAGCAGUAGGGCGUUGUUGGUCCAAAGACCCAAAUUAGGGCAGGAAGAUCUUAUAGACAUCGCGGUUCGUUUAUUGGACAAAGGCACCGAACAAAUUCCGAGAUCAUCCCUUGCACCUCUCGCGAAGGCCUACUCGGAGUAUGAACGGGAGGGUCAGGAGUUGCCUAAUUUCCAUGGCCUUCGUGACUAUUAUGCGCUGGUGAAAAGUUUGUCGUUGGUUGAUUUGACGCCUGAGCAUAUUCAGGUGGCGCUGGCAAGAAACUUCGGUGGAACUGGGAAGCAGCAAGAAUUGUGCGAGGAAUAUUUUGGCGAAGUGAUCGCCCUAUUCAAUAGGAAUCAAAGUUGGGCCUAUAAUGCCGUACCCAUUGAUUACCUAAUCAACGCGAAUCUCGAAGACUCAAGUGCAAGGCAUCUCAUGGUAAUUGGAAAGAGCGAAUCCAUUGUCAAUCUGUUGACCUAUCAACUCCGAGAAAAGGGUCUGGAUCCGGUGAUCAUAUUUGGCUCUCAAUUUCCUAAUGACCGCGACGAUUACUCAUACACCAUACUGAGCCGAAUUAUGAUGUGUGUGGAAGCCGGGAGACCUUUAAUUUUAACUGACCUGGAGAUUAUUUACGGGAGUCUUUACGAUUUAUGGAAUCAGAAUUAUAUCGUUGCCGGUAGCAAAGAGGAUCCAAAAUAUUAUACUCGUGUUGCACUCGGAGCUUAUGCCAAUCCUAUGUUAUCUGUUGCAAGGAACUUCAGGUGCAUUCUCGUGAUGGAUGAAGAUAAAUUGCCGAACGCAGAUCCGCCGCUAUUGAAUCGCUUUGAAAAACAAAGAAUGACGAUGGCCGACGUCCUUAGACCCAUUGAAAGGGAACUGGUCGACCAAUUAGUUGAUUGGGUUAAGCAAAUGUCAACCUAUCCGGAAAUGGGAAAUUUCAUUCCUUCUCACAAAAAGUUCACUCACGAUGACUUGUUCGUAGGCUUUGAUCAGGAGGAGACAAUCCAAAGUUUGGUGAUUUAUGGGAAGAAAAGUUAUCCCGACUUGGAUGACGAUGAAGUUUUAGAGAGAUGCAAAGAGAUCUUGAUUUGGAUCGCUACAUCGGAUGGAAUCAUCCGAGCGGAAAAAUCAUCCAUGCCAGUUGAGGAAGUUGAGAGGUGGAAAGACGUUUACUUCCGUAGUCAGAAGCAUGACAACCUCUUUGAAUACUUUAGCGACUUACUUCAGAAAUCCGAAUUUGGUUCAAACGGAAGAGGCCACCAAAUCAUCAUAAACACCUUUUCCAACAUCAACACCGAUAUUAAGAAAUGUUUAGAAGAGAUCGCCAAAUGUAUGGUCAUUAAACUUUCAACAUUUAAGACCGAGGCUGACUUCCAAUCUGAAGUCAGGCGAUUUUGGUUCCGUUCACCCGCAAAGAAUUUACUAGUCUUACAAUGUGACAUCACCACCGCAAAUGCCGGAUGCAUCAAAUUGGCAAAAUUCAUAAUUGAACAAUUACGCCAUGAGUACUAUCAGCAAAACGAUGACGAUCCAAUCGUAAAACAUGCGUGCAUUGUUCUUCACAUGCAUCGUGAUCUUAACGCGUCGUUCAAGGGAUUUAAUUUCAUGUGCGGAUGGGAUCAGGUCACCAUCGAAAUUUUAACCAAACAAGAAAGACCUCUGUCAUCACUUUUGUACGGUGAUUUGGGUGAGAUCAUCGAAACGAUAUACCCCUUCGAAGAGAUUUUGGAUCAAGAAUUGUUGUGGUGUUUGUCGUGCAUAAAGUAUCCGUCAACGGCCAAGUCGUUGGAACACGUCAGGAAUCUUAAUGUCAAAAUUCGUCAAAGUCAUAAUUUCGUUAAUCUGCUGAAAGAACGAACCGUCGAUUGGCUGAAGGAUACUGUCACUCUCACCGACUGGCAGUACAAUGUCGCCUCAAACAAAAAAAGUCUUUACCCAUACUCUUCAUUUGCAGUCGCAUUAUCCGCCCACAUAAGAACCUUGGUCCGUCAACCAAUCGCAAAGUUGCUAUGUGCUCUCGAGAGAUUAUCAGCCUUGACCACCUUCCUUACCCUCGAUGAGCCUCAUCGGAUGGAGAUCGAGCAAAACGAGCAACUUCUUAGAUUUUGGAGACAAAUGUUUAUGAAUAAAAGUGUUGUUUCGAUCGAGGAUCUUCCUGAACCGAAACCCGAUGGUUAUUUGUUGACAUCGGGAGUUUACAAGCUCAAUUUUCCAUUUUCGUACUAUUUCAUUAGGCAGAUUGAUGGUUUCAAACGAGUCUACGAUGAAGAAGUGGCCAAGCUUCGCGAGGAUUCCGAUCAUGUCGAUCGUGAUAGCGGGAGACUCUACGAAUUCGUCCUUGAAGAUUAUGAAAAGUCAUUUUCAGAGAAUUUAUCGGUUUCUAUGCAGAAUUUCAAAUCCUCUCCAAUUGAACUUAACAGAAGACUAUAUUUCGAUGAUUUUGUGACCGUGAAUUGCCCAAUCGAAGGCGGCAGACAAUAUACAUCCAUUCUGUCGUACAUUUUAAGAAAAUCUCUCGGUCCCGACAAGACCUUGAAUCCUUGCCUGCUUCACAUUUAUUGGUGGAACAAUGCCGGCACCGUUCUGACGGAAUUUCAAUUGGCGAAAAUGUGUUCAUCAAUUAAGAAUGUCGAAUCGAGGGAUGAUGAUCUGCGAGGAAUGGACCUGGCUGACUACUUAGUUACGGAGGCUUGUCAAGAGUUGAUCGAUGAAUUUUGUGAAAGUCAGGAUGACCGAUACUUUGAGUGGCAGGAUAAAGCAACCAAGGUUCUAUCUCUUUGCGAAAGAGUUCCCAGGUCAUCGACCGUGCCAUCCCUUAAUCUAUUACGGAUAUCCUCCGGUCUCAUAUCCACGAGGUCGAUUUCACAAAGAAUGAUUAAAGAGAUUAUCAAACUCGGCAGUGAUGGGGGUAUAACGAUUGAUUUCAUCGAUGUGGUGCUGAAUUUUCUACAAGAUGAUCAUUAUCAAAGGCGAUUGUUCAUUAACCAAUGUCUCGACAUAACUCCCAUCGAGUCUGUCAUUCGUCAGCAAAUUUAUGAACGCCUGUUUUUGGAUGAACCCUUUCCAUUCGCGAGCAUCACUGUGCUCCGAAUAUUCGAGCUUGAGGAUGCGGAGAACCGAGAUAUUUUUUUCCGUCUUCUUGAAGACACAAGUGUAUUACAACGAUCACCAAGAUUAAGUAUCAUAGAUAAAUGCUUGAAGGAGCAAGGGCUCAACUCGAAGAUGGCCUCACUAUGCUGCGAUGUGAUUCAAAAGACUUUUUUCGCCAAGGACCUGACGACAUUGUGGAAUUAUUUUGGUCAUGCCAUUGAUAAAAUAACCAGAAAUCUUGAUGCAUUAUUGCGGCUCACUUCCAUAGCAUUCUUGAAGGAAUUCGUUCACCAAUUCUGGAAUUACAUAAACCCAAACAACAUAGUCAAUGAACCUAUCGAUAUCAAUUCAGUGAACAAUAAUCACCAUGACCUUUUCACGCUAAUUACUGAAAUCAAUGGAUGUAUGGUCGCUGCAUAUGAAUAUCCGCUUAUCCAUUCACUCAAAAUUUACUUCCUACGGGAUUUACGAAUGCGCGAGUUUUCCAUGGAUGAUGUCAGACAGUUCUGUCAGAAUCAAGAGCACACAUUACCCUGGAUUUCUCACAUAUCAUGGAAUGAUGAUCAGGAGUCAAAGCUUCCAUUUGAUCCAUAUCGACCCCUUGGUGAUGCAUAUUCGAUUCUAGAAAAAUCCUACUUGCCGCUUUUAAAUAUCAAUAACAGGCUACCUUUUAAUUCUGACUUCUUCAAUAAUUUCAAGAAAGGUGGGAAAACUUACCAUAUCGCACUGAUCGGGAUGAUAUUUAGUCGUCUUCAUGCGCUUCGUGCUUCGCGAGAAUGGUCACAGGCAGAAACCCAGGCAGCCGAAUAUUUAUUGGAAAAAGUCAACGGUGUAAGCCAACUCUCGCCGGUCUACAAGAGGACCGUCGAAAAAAUUGUCAAAAACGAGCACAGGUUUAUGAGGAUAGGUGCAGAUAUCAGCACCCGAGAUUUACUCAUUAAAUCUGUAAUUGGCCAUGUGAUUGCACUGCACGCAUCGAUCCCAGCAGAAUCCUCACCUCUCGCGCAAUUAUUGCAAAAUAUGCAUUAUUGCACGGGAUCCUAUAUUUUGACUUGCCCCUCGGACAUUGAAGCGUUGAUAUUAAGUGCCAUCGCCGAACCUGGUCAGACAAAGUUGGAUGAAAGGCCUAAGAUUGGUGUGAAAUCCAAGGAUCAGACUGGUUACAUCGGCGAAACGAUUAACAACGGGAAAAAUGAAAGCCCUCACGCGCUCUCAUUUCUACGAAAGAACAACGAAAUCGCCACUGACACUGAAACCUAUUGCAUGGGCCAUAUUCAAAAUGAUUGGGUCGUUCUAAGAGAAAUUCUCAACAUAUCCGAUGAGGAUCUGGCGUUACUACUGCACUCUAUACUUAAUUUAUUAACCGAACAGCCGCCAAAGCCAUUGACGUCCAAGAAUCCGGCUGAGCGACAAGAGUGGGAGGAAAUCUUUUCGAAACAGUAUGUCGCACCACAAGUCAAAAGCGUGGCGGAAACUGCAAUAAACUUUAGACUUUUGAUUGAUAAUGCUUCGGAGAAUUCAAAGGGAUCCGAUAAUCCCAUCGAAGGGGAAAUCCACCAAACAAUGCUCAUGGACAAGAAUUACAGAGGGAGAUAUUUGCCGAAUUUGUGGAGAGCUAUCGGAGAGACAAAUUUACAAAGCUUGCGCGCUCAAUAUUUUGGAGAUGAAAAAAACGUCGAGAAUUUCCCCUUCUUAUCAGUAUUUUUCAACCACUCGGAAAACCUGGAGUUGAUAAAACACCUUUAUCCUAUAGUCAAAUUUGUGACGAUGAUAUCCUCAAGGCUUGAGUAUCGAUUGAGCAGAGAAGAAUCCGAAAGGCAAACUUUCCGCGAUUUCAUCACGAACCAAUCGGAAGAUGAUGAAUAUGGCACCUCUAAUGUGCUGGAUUUGGCGUUCAACGAUUUUGCUCGGUCGUGGAAUGAAGUCAUAGGAAAGGUCAAGAAUUAUCAAUGCCACGAACUUCCAGAAGAGAAACCAACGAUAGGCUAUGAUUCUCCCAUAGUUUUUGCACUCGUCGAGCCUAAAGAUUCAGGAGUCUAUGUAUGCGCUAUUAUAGAAUAUUUAAUUGGUCUGCAAAAUGAUUUCUUGCAGGAGGUUGUCGCUCUUCCAUUGGAAACUCCAUCGCUGAAGUUCAUGGGCGAAACCAGGUUCAUUAGCGAAACCCAGGCCAAUGCGUCCACGUCAUCUUCAACUCAAAUAGCACCUCCCACGCAGCAGCGUUACGUUAAAUCCAUUCAAUUAAUUCAUGCGAAACCGGAAAAUUUAAUUGACUACAAGUGGGACGACCAACUUCUUCGACAUAGUCAAAGAAACUUUGACGUUGGACGAGGUCACGAAAUAUUUUACGAAUUUCAAAAGAUAGAGGAAUUGCUCGCUUUUCAAUUGUUGUCCGAUAAAGCUCACAUAAUCACGCUGAGCGACUCUCAAAUGUUUAUCGAACCAUUCCACUUCCAUAUGGAGUUGUUCAAAGGAUACAUGAGGAUCAUAAGCGAGAUCAAGAAUUUAAUCCCCCAGCGAUCAAUUUCGGAGGACAAGGUCUCGGAUAUUAUGUGUCUGACCUCAAAUUCAUCAUUCUCAAGUCGUCAAUAUAGUGUGGAUUCCUUGUCGUUUGAUAAUGCGUCAGAGUUGCUUUCAUGUUUGGAGAUCUUACUUUGCUUUGCGAAGAGGACGGGAAUUGGCAAUGGACAGGUGUUAAUCAGCAAAUAUGUUAAUCAAUGGAUGAAACUAACGACUCUGUUGGAGAACAAUCUAUUCAAAAAUUUAUUAAAAGCAGAGCUUAUGUUAGAAAAUGUUGUGGCUUUGUAUGAGUUGGUGGAAGAGCAAGUUGCGAACGGAGUGGUGAAUUACAUUGAUGAUAAAUACAAGGAAGAUUUAACUGACGAUUUGAGGGACGAGAUUACAAAGGCUGUAGACUACAGUAAAACAGACUCAAAGAAUCUAACAAAGAUUCCGGCUGAUGUUUUUGCCUCGGCGUUGAAAAGAUUUAUUCUCAGAUUUCUAUCCACCGAAUCGAUCAAGGAGGAAUAUCCACUGUCGGUAUACUUUACGGAUGCGACGUUGAACUUGUGGCCUUCGUUCAUUCCCGAGACACUGGUGGAUGAUCAUUUUCCCGAGUCCUUGUUAGUCUGCCAUGCCUACUCCUCUUAUAAAUUUAUCGACGAUAAACUUGAAGAUUUAAAGAAACAACAACAAUCGACUUCAGAUUUACAAAUGGGUGGAAGAAAUCGCAAGGAAUUAAGUUCUCAGAGAGGCCGAGAAAAUCGAGGAGAGCCGAGAAAUAGGAGAGGUGAUGCAAGUUCUUCUAGGGGGCGCCAGAGUGCAAGGGGAAAAGGAAGUCGGCAAAAAAUUAGUCAGAAUCGUAAAUUCGACGCGAUGUAG